AUGUUGCCUUUUGUUUUGGCAGCCAAAUACCAAAACCCCCCUUUCUACCCAUCUUGUUUCCGCUGCACCAAUAGUGCUCACGGAGUGGGUGCUAGCAAGGAAGGGCCCGUGCCAUUGUCUAGGUUUCUUCCUUCGUUGAUUUGCUCGAGCUGCUGGAAAGGUACACGCAUCUUGGGCAUAGGUAGGUGCUGGAAACCCUUGACAUUUGCUGCUGGGAACCUUCAAACCCUUCAGUCUUCUAACUUAGACUUUGGUAAUAACUCUGCCAACUCUGGAGUGAGACUCUUACUUGUCAUGAGCUUGAACUUUAAAUUGCAUGUACCUAUUAUGGCAUCCUGUGACCCACCAUUUAUCAUAAGGGAUCAUCUUUACUCCGUAGAUGACAGGUUGAAGAGAGGGAGACCACCUCCUUUGCUUAAGGGCGCCGACGAGGAUGUAAUUAUUGAUGAAGAACCAGCGCCAGAAGCUACUUCAGUGAUCGACCCUGCAUCCGUAUCAAGGUGUGCUGCAUAG